GCAAAUGCGGUGGCUGUCGGUGCCAGUUUUGGUCGCGGUGUCUCCUGUGAUUCUGCUGUCGGGCGUUCGCUCUCUCUCCCUCUGCUCAGCGCCGGCCCCUUCUUCCUUCCGCAGGGCCCUGCAGGCGGUUUGAAAUUUACCGCAGUCUCUCUCUCGAGUUCUCUAUGUGGCCCUAAACGCCUGGCGCUGAAGGGGAGGAGACAAGAGUGCGGGGCGGGGAAGAGGAGGGCGGCCUGGAGCGGAGCGGCUUGUCUGCCUGCAGCUCCGGUUCCCCCAACCCCUCACGGGGAACGGUUGGUAGGGGACCGUGGAGAGGGUUAAGUAAGGUAGCAGUUCCCUUGUCACGGCCCGUGGGCGGUCCGUGUGUGGCGGGCACCGUGGUUGCCCUGGGCCGGCUUUUGCCACUCUUCCCCUAUCUCUGGGCGUAGGGAGUGAGGGAAGGAAGGAGCCUGAAGCGAUUCCGGGAUCCUCGGGCCCCUCACACCCCUGGAAACGGUGGAGGGAAGAGUGAAACAAUUCCCCCCUCCCUCCUGAGGUUCUGCGGCAGGCUGGCCCGCAGUUUCAGAGAAUAAAAAUGGGAACUCCUGGAUCAGGACGGAAGAGAACUCCAGUGAAAGACAGAUUUUCUGCAGAAGAUGAAGCUCUAAGCAACAUUGCCAGAGAGCCAAGCCCUGUGUGGGACUCUGGAUCAUGUAUGAUCUUACUCAUCAAGUUCCAUCACUCAUUUUUGGAGACAACAGCAGAAGCCAGACUUGCAGCAAAACGGGCAGCUCGAGCAGAAGCAAGAGAUAUACGUAUGAGAGAGCUGGAGCGACAGCAAAAAGAGCUGGAAGAAAAGAGUGAAAAAUCACAUUCAGAAAUAUUUUCAAGGCCCUCAUCUCGCAAUUCAGUAAGUGCAGCUCCUCAGAGUGGCAACUCAUCUAGGAGAGGAAGUGGAGAUGCAAGUAGUUUGGUGGAUCCUGAUGCCUCCCUCAGUGAAUUACGGGAUUCACUAGCUGAAGUUGAAGAGAAGUACAAGAAAGCUAUGGUUUCCAAUGCUCAACUAGACAAUGAGAAAAACAACUUGAUUUACCAAGUGGAUACUUUAAAGGAUGUUAUUGAGGAGAAAGAAGAACAGAUAGCAGAGUUCUAUAGGGAGAAUGAAGAGAAGUCAAAGGAAUUGGAAAGACAGAAACACACCUGCAGUGUUCUGCAGCAUAAGCUGGAUGAACUUAAAGAGGGCCUUCGACAGAGAGAUGAAUUGAUAGAGGCGAAUCAACGUAUGCAGGCGAAUAUAGACUCCAUAACCAAAGAAGUGCUUGAUCUCCAGGAGACAAUUAAUUGGAAAGAUAAAAAAAUAGGGGCCCUAGAAAGACAGAAAGAUUACUUUGACUGCAUUAAGAAUGAGCGAGAUGAGCUCAGAGAGGAGUUGGCUGACCUGAAGGAAACAAUGAAGAGAGGACAGAAACAUGGAUUAGUUAUAAUUCCAGAUGGCACACCAAAUGGUGAUCUAAACCAUGAAUCAAUGGUUGGUACAAUAACAGUUGUAUCACAGGAAGCUGCUCAGGUCUUGGAAUCUGCAGGAGAAGGACCACUAGAUAUCAGGCUACGAAAUCUGGCUGGAGAAAAGGAGGAAUUACUGUCCCAGGUUAGAAAACUGAAGAUGCAGUUAGAAGAAGAACGACAGAAAUACUCUAAAAGUGAUAGCAUGAAUCCAGAUACAAUAGACUUGGAGAAUGGCUCUGACUUGCAGCUAAUUGAAAUGCAAAGAGAUGCCAACAGGCAAAUUAGUGAAUACAAAUUUAAGCUUUCAAAAGCUGAACAAGAUAUAACUACUUUGGAACAAAAUAUUGGACGACUUGAGGGACAGGUUGCAAGAUAUAAAAGUGCAGCAGAAAGUGCAGAAAAAGUAGAAGAUGAACUCAAAGCUGAAAAAAGGAAGCUUCAGCGAGAGUUAAGAACAGCACUGGAUAAGAUAGAAGAAAUGGAGAUGACCAAUAGCCAUUUAAUGAAAAGGCUGGAGAAGAUGAAGGCAAAUAGGACUGCGCUUUUAUCUCAACAGUGAAAUGGAAAUUGAAAAUACAAUGCACUGCUCCUUGAGUAACUAGUCCCUAGCUUGUUUAUAAAAACAGACUUUCAGUGGCACAAACUUUUUGAACACUGAGCUGUUCAAUGGUGGUUUAGUUUCAUAAUUAAAGACAUACUUUUUGUAAUUUAUGAGAGAAUGAAAUGUAGUUUGAAUUCCCAUGUGAAUGACAGCAGUUUUUCAGUAGUGUUUGAUUCUAGAGCACAAUGUUGUAUGUUUUUACAAGUGUGGAAUCAAGUUUACUCACGAUCUCUUUUGGCUGCUUUAAUGAUGCGUGAUGCUCAGAGACAGCUGCAUGAAUUCAAGACACUGUUAUGAAACUAACAUAUACUUGCCUAAGACAUCACACAGCACAAGUGCCUUUUAUCUGGUGCAAUUUAGUCUUCGUUGUUGAAAUAACCUUUGAAACCAGAAAGCAUUUUAUUUUAAGAUACAUUUGGGGUAUUCCCUAAACUUUAUACAUUUUGAAAAUACAUUUUUAAAAAUAUUUAAAUUUAUAAGAAAAAAUAGGGACUGUAUAUAAAGAUCGGCUUCUUUUGCAUGGGCGCAUCUGACUUCUGUGUAAUUUUGUCAAAUACUAGCCCCUGAUCUCUUUGCAUUAAGAGCAGAAAUUUAAAAACUGAAGUUGUACGCCAUCAAAUUGUGUCAUCUGCUUAAGUGCGAAUUGAAAUUUUAUGGGGGGAAGAAGGGGGUGAGAAAUGUGGCUAAGAAGUUUAUUAAAUGGACACUUUACUGACCAAAA